GACCACACCUCUUCCCUUGAGAUGCUGGACGUCAACCUCCACAACCCAUUAAUAGAUGGACACACCAAUGUCAAGGUCAUUGAUGGUGUGGCCAGCACUAAAGCCCUACAGGAACCUGCUGUUGGCCAGUCUAUGGGACCGAGACAGAUCCGAAAAAAUAUUUUUGUGAUUAGCAUCGCCUUCGUCUUUCUCUUCACUGCUUUUAACUGUAUGGCAAACCUUCAAACGAGUUUGAACAAAGAGGACGGUGUUGGAGCUUGGAGCUUGUCCACGAUUUAUGUCAGUUUAAUUGUUUCCUGCAUGUUCCUGCCAAAUUUUAUCAUUUCUAGAUUGGGCUGCAAGUGGACGAUACCGAUCUCAAUGGUUGGAUAUAUUCUAUACAUGUGUGCUAAUUUUUAUGCUGUCAAGGGAACUAUGAUCCCAGCAUCCAUCAUCUUGGGUGUUGGAGCAGCCCCUCUAUGGAUAUCCAAGUGUAUUUAUCUGACACAGCUGGGCGUCUGGUAUGCCAAAUUGACAAAACAAGACCAAGAUGGAAUCAUCAAUAUGUUUUUUGGUUUCUUUUUUUCUUUUUUCCAGACUUCCCAGAUAUGGGGGAACCUCAUCUCCUCCCUUGUUUUUGCCCCUGACAAAAGUAACACGACAACAGAUACCAAAUAUUGUGGGGCGCGUUUUUGUCCAGAGGUCACUAAGACAAAUGGGUCAGAUAACUUUUCACAGACAACAGACAAGGUGUACACUGUCUGUGGAAUUUACCUGGCGUCUGCUGUCAUUGCUGUCAUCAUUGUGUCCAUCUUUCUGGACCGGAUAGUCCUGGAUAAAGAGACAAGUGAAGAGGACAGAAAACUGAGCCCCAAACUUUUGAUCUCCACCUUCCGCCAUCUGUUCAGUUCACCCUUGCAAGCCUUGUUGGUUCCUCUUACAGUCUACAGUGGUUUAGAGCAGGCAUUUUUUUGGGGAGAUUUUACACAGGCCUAUAUCAGCUGUACCCUGGGUAUUUGGAACCUUGGCUACGUUAUGAUAUGUUACGGUGUUGCUGAUGCCCUUUGCUCCAUUCUCUUUGGUCGUCUGGUUGUUUACAUUGGUCACAUCCCAUUUUUUAUCUUCGUUUUUAUAAAUCACGGAGCUUUGCAGAUUGCAUUUUUGUUGUGGAGACCCCAGGAAAACCAGCAAGUUAUUUUCUAUGUAUGUGCUGCAUUGUGGGGCAUGGGAGAUGCUGUCAUGCAGACACAGCUCAAUGCACUUUAUGGAAAUUUAUUUUCUGACAAAGCUGAGGCAGGUUUCGCUAACUACCGCUUGUGGGAGUCGUUGGGUUUUGCAGUGACAUACGCCUACAAUGAUUAUCUGUGCACAGACACAAAACUGUAUGUGUGUUUGGGUGUUCUAGGCACAUCUGUCAUUUGUUAUUUUAUUGUUGAACUCAUGUCAUGGCGAGCAAAGAAAACCAGUUUAGAUAUAACAAAACAGUGAUUCUCAUAAUGUGCAAUAAAUAUAUUCAAAUGAAUGCCUGAGUAAAGUAUCUAUUAUUUAACUGCUAUGAAGUUGGAGAAUUCAGUGCAGUGGCACUGGUAGGCAUGGCUAGCUGGAAGUGACGAGGUGAAAUGAGAACAAACAGAAAAACUUUGAAGAUAAAUUUAUUUCACCAAGUAGAC